AUUAUAGAACAAGAACCGUGACCGUCGCCGAUACUAUUAAUAUUAUUUCUUUCUUCUUUUUUUCCUUUCAUGGCUAAACCCCACGGCUUUCCGGAUAAACAAUCAUGGGGUACACGGGAGGGGCUUUUACUUGCCUGCGCCGUUCAUCGUUACGGCAACGACAGUUGGGACUCCGUUGCCAUGGAACUCCAGAAACGAACUUACACACCGCAACAACCCCUCUUCUUUACUCCCCUAUCUUGUCAACAGAUGUUUCAAGACCUUAAACGCCGUUUCUCUAUUAACGGCGACGAUGAUAAAACUACUAAUAACAUCUCCACCACCUCCGUUCCUUGGCUUGAUGAGCUCCGAAAACUCCGUGUCGCUGAACUACGCCGCGAAAUCCAACAAUAUGAUCUCUCCAUCGUAUCCUUACAAUUGAAGGUGCAGAAAUUGAAAGAAGAGAGAGAACAGAGCUUGAUAGAGAACGGAAAAGAAACUGAAAAAUCGGAUCUGGAGAGAGAGAAGGGAAGCGAAAAGAUGGAAGAAGAGAACGAACCGGAAAAUAAAACCCGAAGACCGGUUCAUAGCAGGGAAGAGUCCGACCGGGAGAAUCAUUCGGUAAACGAAUUUAACUCUACAGAUCCGAAGGAAAAGAGUCCAGGAACCGGGAUGGAGGAGGCAAAAAUUGAACCGGAACCGUUCGAACCGGUUGGACGUGAGACGGGGAAGGUGGUGCAGAGCGUGAAGCCUGCGGGAGGAGAUUCGUGCAACGGGAGCUCUGAUACUGUUGCGAAGGAAUUGGCCGAAAACAAGGAGCCAGUUGACCCGAGGGAAACGGGUGACUCGUCAGAGUCAGUGGCCGAAUCGAAGCGGGAUGAACCUAAUAGAGAGAGCAGCGAUGUGCAGAGCACGGCGAGCUUGUCCGACAAGGAAAAGAAAAAAGGUACACCGGAUGGACCGGACAAACCGGAUAAUAGGGAGUUGGACCAAUCUCCCGCCAUGAAGGAGGUGUACGUUGGAUCUCAACCGUUGGUUGAGUUUCUCGAGAUCUUACGAUUUCAUAAUAUCGGCUCCCUUUUCGAACGCCGACUCGAAAGCCAGGAAACCCCGGAUUACCUGAACUUGAUUCGGCAACAUCUUGACUUGGAGACUAUUCAGACGAGACUGGAAGAAGGUUGGUAUUCAGGAUGCCAAAGCAAGUUCUUUAGAGACUUGCUCUUGCUUUUAAACAAUGCCAUCCUUUUCUUCAGCAAGGAAUCCUCUGAAUUCGCUGCUGCCAUCCAGCUCCGACAACUUGUCUCAAAGGAGAUUGCAACCCAGUUUCCUAAUCCAAGCCUAUUGCCCAAAGAACAAUCGUCCACGCUGCCUGAAUCCCAGACGCCUUUGAAACCCGAACCUGAACUGUCACUCACCUUGACAAUGAAAACUAAACUAUCAGUCCCAUUGAUUGCAUGUCGCAAACGCAGCUCAAUUGCUGCAAAAUCAUCUUCUGGACAAGAGAAGAAAAGGCAGCCAACCGUAUCGUUGAUGAAUGAGAAACCGGCUCUGGAUUGGAAGCAGAAUGAUAAAUCCGCUGAGGAAGCUGUUGUAACAACGAAGAGAAGGAAAGAAAGAUCCGCUUCUGGUGCAAAAAAAGCAACCAAAAAUGCAAAGGCUCAGAAUAAUACCAACGCGAACGGGAAUUCAGAUUCCAAUAAUACCACUGCUGCCAUUUCGAGCAAAGGCGGAUCAUUGAAUGAGAACUCGGAAUCCAAGGGUGGAAAGGAGAAGAACAACACAAAUGUGAGUUCAAAGAAGAAAAGCGCAGCGAAUUUCUUAAAUAGAAUGAGGGAUAAUGGGGCAUUGACGGAGACACUGAAGGGUUCUGAUAAUGGCAAAGGAGGAGAUGCUGAGCAGAAGAAAACCAGCAGUAGCAAAGGUGGUCAACAGAAGGGUCGAAGUUCAACACCACGGUCACGGUCUAGUGGAAGAAGAAGGAAAGAGAAGGUAAGCCCAGUGAAGAAAAGUACAGGACGACCCCCGAAGAGAGCGGUGGGUGCUGGUAAACGGGGGAGGGAAGUUGAGAACGAUUCAGGUGGUGGACAUGCAAAGAAGCGUUCAAGAAAAUGAAGAGAGUUUCUGUAAGUCAUUUUGCUUUGUAUUCUUGUAAGAUUGUUGAGGGCCAUAGGGAGUUAGAUCAUAUUUUGUUGAAUGAAUUUAUAAAAACAGGUUGGAGUGGCAACAUUUGAAC